GCUUCAAUACCAGGUAGCUAUUAGUGUUAUCAUAGCAGCUUUACACGAGACAUUGCGCGGCAUAUCCUUUCCGUAGCCUACACAUUCGUUACUUAAUAUCAUAAAGCUUCAGGAUUAUUCUUUUGCAGAAACUUAAGCUCUCCUCCAGCACAUCAACUAGAAAUCCCACAUGCCUAGGCACCUAAUCAUAUUUACGAUACUCCAUACGCCCAAUUACUCUCUUCAUAAACCCGGUUCUCCGGUUAGGUCCAUGUCAUGUUAACGACAGCGCCGUACCUGCGCAUCCGGCGCCCGUCCCCAACGACGACCGAGUUCAUCGUGUCGACACUCCCACCGCAGACGAUACCGCUACGUCUUGCCCUCGGGGCUGUAUACUUCGUGCGUCUACUGCUCGCUCUCGCCGUCCUGCUUAUGAUGUACGCGGUCCAGAGCUCGUAUUACUCGACAACGCCCAUUCAGCCGCUACUACUACCGUCGAUGAAGACAUCAGUAGCGAAUAUACAAUCGAAUUCUACUACGACAGGUGCUACCACCGCAAACAGUCCCAUCGACGUCCUCGCUACCACCCCUAUCUUCUCCCUCGCCUUCGUCCAGCAGACCCUCAACGUACUGCUAUCCUCGCGCCUAGGAUCUCUCCUUUCUCAGCUCGCGCACUCCGUACCCCCAUGGAUCUUAAUCCCCUGCUCCAUAGGGACACUAUACCUCCUCUCGCUGCGCAUCGGCGUAGAGGAGCGGCUCCUAGUCCUACGGGGUCUAGGCGUACAGACGAGUUCCAGCGGAGCAACGGUCUUCUCCGCGCUCAAGACGCGCUUCAUCCCCACCGACAAGAUCCAGGACAUCCUAAUUAACGAGGCCUUCCGCGGCUUCGAGGUCCGGCACUACCUGAUUGUCAUCGUCGAAGGGGAGGAGCACAUCGUGGUCGUGUUUCCGCAGCUGCUCCCGCGGCCGCGUAUAUUGGAGAAGGUGUGGAAGGGCGCGAGGGAGUGUCUCUAUGGGCGGGAUGGGGAGGACGAAAAAGAAGGAAGGAGGUCUAAGGGGAACGGCACGGCUUAGGAGAACGAUGAGUUGUCUCCCUGUGAGCCGCCGCAGCUGUGUCGUAGACAUGGACGGGGAGUUGGGGACUCGUGGAUAGUGGUUUAGGACGGGUUUGUUUAGUUGGCGUAUGGCUAUGAUGG